GCCCAGCCCAGCCCAGCCCAGCAGCAGACUGAUCGAAGAAACCCCUAACCCGGUCGCCGACUCCUCCCAACUCUAGCGCGUCCGUUUCAGUCCAGUGCUAAGCCGGUCCAGAGUCCUUCUAUAGUACUAGGUAGUACCGUGGUAGUCACUUGGUACAGUACAGUACUCCGUACACACACGAGAAAUAACGAGCCGGCGCCACGAUAUCUCGACCACCAAUCGCGAACCCUACGCCAGCUACGCUCAACUCUCACCACUGCAAGCGUCAAGUCCACCAACCCCUACGGACCGCCGCACGGGGCGCCAUCAGAGAAUGGCGCGCGCGCGCCGCUGGUCUUCCCGUCGGCACGACGCCGCAGCCACCGCGGUGCGGUCCAGGCGCCGCACCGCGGGUACUGGUUGGCGGCGGGCGGGCGGUUCGGUCGGUCGAACUGGAGCGAGAGUUUGUUGUUUUCGGGCAACCUGCGAAAUGACCACCCCCCGGUCCCCGGCACUGCAUGGUUACAAUGCUAUCCAGUCCCCUUGCAGCAGCGCGCCGCCCGAGUUGAAAGCACGCUGGGCUAGGCGGUUCCCAUUAUGGCUCAUCACUGUGACCAACGAACCCUAUUGAUUCCUCCAGCUUCAAGCCGCACCGGGCGUGCCAUGGACGCAAGGGCCAUGAGGACUAUGCGGGAUAGUUUUAUGGUUCGCCCGAUGAUGGAAGGCGCCCAAUAAUCUGAAUUCGACUGUACUUUGUAUAUAACGGCGGCUGAGGCUGUUUGAGAAGGGGGGGGGUUCCUUCUUCUUAUGUCGGAGGCCUUGCUCGCUGGCCUGUCGAAGCACAUAUACACAGCCUGAAUAGCUUCAAACAGCAGUUGUUUCUUUGUCGAUUUCCCCUGCCUGCGGGUGGUUUCCCGGAAUAAGCCACAAAGCAGCUAGCCCUUUUCUCCGUUGCCGUUUCGAAUACCCAGUCAGUCACCAUGCGGAUCCUCCUCCUCUGCACCGCACACAACUCGCUGUCCCAGAGGCUGUCCCUGGUCUUAUCCAAGAACCACUCCGUCACAGUCGAAUACGCUCUAUCCGAUGCCACCGUGAUAGAAGGGGUGCGCCUCGCCCAGCCCCACCUCAUCAUUUGUCCCUUCCUCACCACGCGGGUACCGCAAGAGGUCUACGGCUCCUACCUCACCCUCAUUGUCCACCCCGGCCCGCCUGGUGAUGCCGGCCCCAGCGCCUUGGACUGGCUUCUUAUGGGCGAUGACGGAACAGAACCCGACUGUAGCGCCCUGCUCGAACCCGGUCGACUCUCCCUCAGCGCAAAGGGCCGCAGCCACUGGGGGGUUACUGUCCUCCAAGCCAUAGGAGAAUUCGACGCGGGCCAGGUCUGGGCUUUCGACCAAUUCCCCGUAGACAUCGACGAGUCAGGUCUGACCAAAUCAAGCUUAUAUCGUGGGGCCAUCACCCGCGCCGCGAUAUCAGCCGUCCUUGCCGCCAUCGAACGAAUCGAACAAGCACCAUCCAUAUCGGAGGAAGCCUUGAGCUCGCUGCCGAGCCCACCUGAGUCGCCUGCAUGUGGUCGUAACGCGCAGCCAUCAGAUCCACACCCAGCUUCCAAGAUACACCCGGACAUCGUGGCCCGUAAGGAAUAUGCCCUCUCUUCCGUCAGCUCUGGGGAGCAGUUCCGCGGUGGACAGACGCGCUGCCGUCCAUUCCUCAAAGCAGCACAUCGCGACUUCGACCCCAAGAUACACACGGCAACGGAGAUUGCGCGCAGGAUCCGAAGCGCAGACUCCCAGCCGGGCUGCCUCAGCUCCGUCUUCGGCCCCAAGCUGUAUCUGUACGGCGGGCUCGUCGAAGAGGCCGUGGCGUCCGAUGUCUCGCCGGGCAGCAUCGUCGCCAUCCGCGAUGAGGCGGUAUGCGUUGCUGCUGCGGACCAACAGGGAAUCUGGAUAACACACAUUCGGCGCGUCAAGUCGAAAACGGAUCCAGAACUCUGGCCAAAAGUUCCAGCCGCUUCGGGCCUUGUCCAGCUUGGGCUCGUCCCGAAUUCGUGGCUGUCGGCGGAUGUCCCCAACACAUGCAUAAAAUCAAGCGUCGAUGAGUGGACAAGGAAGAGCAACACAUCUUUCCAGGAGAUUUGGGUGGACUUUGCCGUGGAUGAGAACAGGCACGUAGCUUACGUUCACUUUGAACUGUACAACGGUGCCAUGAGCACCGCUCAGUGCAAGCGUCUUUGUGAAUGCCUGAGGGCUUUGCUCCGGGCGGCGGACAAUCUGCCCCUGACCGCUGUUAUUCUCAUGGGUGGUAGGUCAUAUUUCAGCAACGGCAUUCAUCUCAACGUCAUUGAGGCCUCUCGUGAUCCGGCGCUCGAGUCGUGGUACAACAUCAAUGCCAUCAACGAUGUCACUCAGUUGAUCCUAGGCGACUUCCCGUCACGCGGUGUCACCACAGUCGCGGCGGUUCGCGGCAACUGCGCUGCCGGUGGUGUCGCCCUGGCAGCCGCAUGCGACGUCGUCCUGGUGGGCGAGCACGUCGUCUUGAACCCAGCAUACCGGGCGUUGGGCCUACACGGAUCCGAGUUCCACGCUUUGAGCUACCCCGGUCGCUGCGGCACAGACGGAGCUACCACACUCUUACGGUCGAUGACUCCUCUGAGCGCCGACGACGCCCUUGACUUGGGCCUAAUUGACGUAGUGGUGCCAGGCCAUGGCGACAUGCUCGAUGCGGCGAUUCAGCAACGAGUGGACGCCCUACUGGCACCGAAGUCAUGGCCAUUUCGCAAUGUCUCGCUCGGACGAUGGAAGCGGGAUGUCGACCUGUCUGCUGUCGCGCUCGCCCAAGCCCGCGCUGCAGAGCUGGCGCAAAUGUCCAUGGACUUUUGGAGCGCACGAUCAGAGCGCUACCACGGACGUCGUCGCGCCUUUGUGCGCAAGACGAAGCCUUCGUCAACGCCUCUCCGCUUCGCCUCACACCGGAGGGGCAAGUCCAUGCUGGACCAAGAGGAGCUUGAUUCCUUCGACUCGGUGGAGUGGUUCGCGGAGAGGUCGAGAGCAGAUGGGAUAAGGCAGCUCUGCGGACAAAUCUCGCAACUUGCUGACGAUUUCUCACGAGCACCUCCUGACGAUCGCGCCUCAGAAAAGGCGUCUGGGCCUUCAAAGCUGUCGGUUCGCAAACCGGGCAGCACCGAGGGGGUCGAUCACACUUCUUCUUCUUCUGGCCUUCUAUUCCCUUGUUAUUAUACCCUGUAGCCUUCCCAUAAUACCAGAGCCCCAUGUCCUUAGC